GCCAAAAACACAUUAGAGGCUUUCAAUCGUUGAAAGAAAUAUCAGAAAAUCAGACAGGUCCAGUUACUGUCUGAGAGGAUUUUAUACCACGCGCAUUUGAAAAUGUGAAGGUCACAUGCAGAGUGUGGAAAGGGCUUGGCUUGAUCCUGACUCCUGACGGGGCGCGUGAAUCGAAGUCAUUUACUCGAAGCCCAUAGAUACUCAUGUUGUGCAUCUGGUCAUGGUUAAUAAAACGUUACUAUGCGUGUUUCUUUUUGAAAUAAUAAAUAAAUAAAUAUAUAAAUCAAUCAAUAAAAUAAAAAUAAAAACUCUCCUCAAAAUCAACCAAUCAAUUAUUCCAAGGGGAAAGAGAGAUCGCUUUCUCAGUCUGUGUGCAACAUCGUUUGAAAGAAAAGCCUAAGUGCUGAAUUUUCACUGUAAAUAAGUGCCAAAGGUGCUGAUCUUUUGGGACGUGUCUUGCUGAGGUUCUGAGUCUUUUCUCAAGGAUUCUUUUUCUUCCCUUAGGAUGUUACUUGUCCCCAUUUAUCCUAGUUAGUGAAGAAAGUUUUAGGUAUAUAGUUCCAGAAUAAUAGUGCUUUAAGCUGUUUAUGGUGUUAAAGAAAGAAAAAGAAAGGUCCAUUAUAUAUAUGGCAACUAAUGAAAAUUUUCCACCAAACGUAAUAAAGCAACUGGCAAAGGAAUUGAAGAGUCUUGAUGAAUCCCCACCGGAAGGCAUUAAAGUCGGAGUAAAUGAUGAUGAUUUUUCAAUCAUUUAUGCUGACAUUGAAGGGCCAGCUGGGACUCCUUAUGAAAAUGGUGUUUUCCGUAUGAAGUUGUUACUGUCUCAUGAUUUUCCUCAAUCUCCUCCAAAAGGCUACUUUCUGACAAAGAUUUUUCAUCCAAAUAUUGCAACCAAUGGUGAAAUUUGUGUGAACACACUUAAAAAGGAUUGGAAUCCAAGUCUAGGAUUACGACAUGUACUCAUUGUAGUUAGGUGCUUAUUGAUUGAGCCAUUUCCAGAAUCAGCUUUAAAUGAACAGGCAGGCAAAAUGCUGCUUGAAAAUUAUGAUGAGUACGCCAGGCAUGCCAGGCUUUAUACAGGAAUUCAUGCGAAGACAAAACCUAAGUUCAAGUCAGGAGCUAUUUGUGAGUCAACUACAGCAUUGAAUGUUGACCAGUCUAAGACCUCGGUUCUCAAUGUUGACCAAAAAAAUGCAGCAAGUGGAGCAGCAUUAUCAUUGCCAUCUCCUCUGGCCCUGCCCACCACAGCGACAAAAGGAGGCCACAACCAGGAGCCGCAGUCUUCAGUUCCAACAACUGAAACAGGAGUGAGUGGAACUGCCCUCGUAGGAAUAGCAGGCACUGCUCUUAAGAAGGAAGGUUUGACAAAAGUUCCGGCCCUUCUGGCAGGCAAGAAGAAAAUGGAUGCUAGAAAGAAAAGUCUGAAGAGAUUAUAAAAUCAGAGGAUAAAAUAAUUAAAUGUUGGUUUUUGGAAUAUGGAACUAACGUAAAGUAACGGUUGGGAAAUCGGUUGCUUUUCGGUGUAAUGGAUGCUUUAGUUUGGGAAGGUGAUGCAUCAAAGUUGCCUGUUUACGUUGUUUUCUGUCUCAUUUGAUCAUAUUAUGGUUUUUCUUUUUUUUUUUCUUUAGGGGUGGGGUGAGAUACAAGUUUCACGUUGAGGUGUCAAAUGGUCGGCAGUUCAUGAUCCGAUUCGCUAUGAUAUAGAUUUUUUUUGGUACGAUUCGUUUUUAAGUAAUCGACUUAAGUCAAACAUAAUAUAUAUAUAUAUAUAUAUAUAUAUAUAGUGUUGGGUUAAAAGAUUUUAAAUUCAUUGAUCAACGUGGCACAAGCC